CGGGAGCCGGGAGGGGGCGCGGUCUCGGGCGAGGCGGGGGAUUCAAGCGCGUUAUAAGGCGGGGAGCCCGGGACGCCCGAAACGCCGCGCCCGGAGCCACGAGCGACCCGCCGCCUGCAUGGCCCCGGCCCGCCGCCCCGCCGGAGCCCGCCUGCUGCUGCUGUACGCGGGCCUGCUGGCCGCCGCCGCGGGCCUGGGCUCCCCCGAGCCUGGGGCGCCCUCGAAGAGUCGCGCCCGCGAGGAGCCGCCACCGGGGAACGAGCUGCCCCGGGGCCCCGGGGAGAGCCGGGCGGGGCUGGCCGCUCAUCCUCCGGAACCCACAGCUGAACGUGCACACAGCGUCGACCCCCGGGACGCCUGGAUGCUUUUUGUCAGACAGAGUGACAAGGGUGUCAAUGGCAAGAGGAGGAGCAGGGGCAAGGCCAAGAAGCUGAAGUUCGGCUUGCCAGGGCCCCCCGGGCCUCCCGGUCCCCAGGGCCCCCCAGGCCCCACCAUCCCACCCGAGGCACUGCUGAAGGAGUUCCAGCUGCUGCUGAAAGGUGCGGUGCGGCAGCGGGAGCGCGCGGAGCCCAGACCCUGCACGCGCGGCCCCGCUGGGCCAGUCGCCGCGAGCCUCGCCCCGGUCUCGGCCUCUGCCAGGGAGGAUGACGAUGACGCGGCGGAGGUUGUGCUGGCGCUGCUGGCUGCGUCCCAGGCCCCGGGGCCGCCGCGCGUGGAGGCCGCCUUCCACUGCCGCCUGCGCCAGGACGUGUCGGUGGAGCGGCGUGAGCUACACGAGAUUGGUGCCUACUACCUGCCUGACGCCGAGGGUGCCUUCCACCGCGGCCCUGGCCUGAACCUGACCAGUGGCCAGUACAGGGCGCCCGUGACUGGCUUCUACACGCUUGCCGCCACGCUGCACGUAGCGCUCGGGGAGCCGCCGAGGAGGGGGCCGCUGCGCCCCCGGGACCGCCUGCGCCUACUCAUCUGCAUCCAGUCCCAGUGCCAGCGUAAUGCCUCCUUGGAGGCUGUCAUGGGCCUGGAGAGCAGCAGUGAGCUCUUCACCAUCUCUGUGAAUGGUGUCCUGUACCUGCAGAUGGGACAGUGGGCCUCCGUCUUCCUGGACAACGCCAGCGGCUCCUCCCUCACAGUACGCAGCGGCUCCCACUUCAGCGCUAUCCUCCUGGGCGUGUGAGCGGCCACCACAGCCCUUUCCUCUCACGGGCAAACGGAGCAGAGGUCUAGACUGUGUGGACAGUGUCAAGUGGCAGUGGCCGCGUGCAGGAGGCCCACCCGGAACUCUCCCCACACCGGCCGCUGCAAUUCAGCCCACAGAGCCACAGCGUGCAGGCCUGCGGAGGUGGUCCCAGAGCCGUGAUUCAGGACACCAUCUUUUAAAAGGGGAAGCCCUGUUGGACUGUUACCUAGGAAAUGGUAGGUGUGCCUGGGGCACCUGCUAGUCCCCAGCUGCAGGCUGGCUCUUUCCUGGCCUGCUCAGCACCUGCCCAGAUGGCCUCUGCAUCUUUCCUGCAGCCCAGCCCCACCUAUUCCACCUCUCUUCAUGCUCUCAUGAAGAGUGGGUGAUAGCCAGAGGGCCCAGCACACUGGCUGGGGACCCUGCCUGGAAGAGGGUACACUGGUGCAGGGCUGAGGGGGCGCCAAAGGGAAGCAUGCUGCAUGUUACUGCUCAGAAGGGACAGGGUCCCCCACCAUUCCCCUGGUCUCCAUCUGGGCUCCUUGGUCUUCCCUGCCCUUUCCCUAGCCAUGCUCCACCUGCCAGUGGAGCUGAGCACUGCUUAGCCUGGGCCAGAGGGACACUGGACAGGGUCCGUUGGGGGACAGUGAGUCUGGACCCAACUUUCAGGAGCAGGUCCCAGUUCUAAUGUAUGUAAGAUUAACUCACAGAUUCACCUCAGAAGGCCUUUCCAAAUGGGAGCUCUGCUCUUCCCCUCCUCUGCAAGUCUUUUCACAGCCAAGGCCCCCUUCUAUCCUCUCCAGAGGCGGAUGAGAUCCCUUUCCCCCUCCCCUGUAAGGCACUGACUCACUGCUAGGAUCCACCCACCAGUGGAAAGAUCUAGAAUGUCUUUAUAGAUUGGAGACAUUCAGGUCUGCUGACCCAUCAGCCGAACAGCUGAAGCAGAGGCUUCCUGAAGGGAUGCCAGGGCCUGGCCAGGUCCAGUGGCUCUGGGAUGAGCCUUCCAAGCAUCUUUACCACUUGGGUGGUGAUGCGGCUCUGAGACUGGACAAGUGGUAGACAAGAGAGUCUCGAGAAAGGGUGGUCUCGGGAGGGCUGGUCCCAAGCCUGUGCUCCUGUGGCAGUGACGGGGUAUGGGAGGGCAGCUCUCAUGAGGAGACACAGGCUGUGAGCCCACAGCCUCCUCAAAUGUAGCCUCUCACAUUUUCCCCAAAAAGUGCAGGACUGUCUUAGAGUAGGCAGCGACCUUCAGGGCCUUUUACCUGCUGAGGACGGGUUAACCUGCCACCUCCCCACACAAAAGGUUACCAGGGACCUGGUAUCUCAGGCCCUCCUGGGAGCCAAGCUGGUCUGGCAGGGUGUUCAGGCCUGGGAGAGAAGGGAGCAAUGGCCAGUCACCUUCACCUUCUAGCUGGCCUCCAGCUGAGGUGACCACUGCCAGGCCUGAAUGAUCCCCAGGAGCCCAGCUUCCAAACCCCAACUCCGAAUCAAGCAUCUCCAUCCCCAAGCACAGUGAUAUACAAAAACCAACCACUCUGCCCUGGGGCAGGCCUGGAACGAUUCUCAGUAGGAAUUAUACCCACCCUACCUGGAACUACUGGGCUUGCCUGGGUACUGUAUCCCGUGCACUUUGAUAAGGGGGUGAUGUGGCCACACCCUUAUCUAGAUUUCACUUUGUAUCCACUGGGCACAGCUAUUUUAGAGAACGUAUCUUCUACUCUUGAAAAAGCCACAUUCCACGUCUUUCAUUUUCUGUGUUCUACAGCAAUUAAAGUAUUUAUUGUCUAAUACUGA